UUUUCGUCGUUGUCAAGUGGAGAAUAUUAAUCAACUUUAUCCUUUUUCUUUCCUCAAAGACUCCAUUAACCCUUCUUCUUCUUCUUCUUCUUCUUCUUCUCUCUCUCUCUCCCUUAACCCUGAAGAAAAUGGUGACCUCUUCUUUCAUCUCUCCUCAACUCUGCUUCAUUUACCAUCUUCUUCUCUACAAUUAAAAACCCUUUCUCCAUACCAAAAAAAAAAAAAAUCUCCCGUUUGAUCUUCUUCAAAGCUUUUUCCUUUUUUCUUUUAUGGGGGCUGGUGUUUCUUCUGAUCUUGAUGCUCAAAAGGGUACUGCAAAUUUUCAAUUAAAAACAGGUCUUAACGAUGUCCCUGAAAGUUGCAUAUCAUCUAUAUUCAUGUACUUAGAUCCCCCAGAGAUAUGCAAAUUAGCGAGACUUAACAAAGCAUUUCGUGGAGCUUCGUUGGCUGAUUUCGUAUGGGAAACCAAGCUGCCAUCAAAUUACAGGUAUCUGGUUGAGAAAGUUCUUGGUCGAAACCCAGAUUCUUUGUGCAAAAAAGAGACUUUUGCUAGACUUUGUAGCCCUAAUCGUUUCGAUGGUGGCAACAAGGAAGUGUGGUUGGAUAAAAACAGCGGUAAGCUUUGCUUGUCAGUAUCGGCCAAAGCAAUGAAAAUAACAGGGAUUGAUGAUCGGAGAUAUUGGAAUCACAUUCCCACAGAAGAAUCCAGAUUCGAGACAGUGGCAUAUCUUCAACAAAUUUGGUGGUUCGAAGUGGUUGGGGAAUUGGAGUUCGAGUUUCCACCAGGAUCAUACAGUGUGUUCUUCAGGCUGCACUUAGGCAAACCCUCGAAACGAUUCGGUCGACGAGUCUGCAAUCUAGAUCAAGUUCAUGGUUGGAACACGAAGCCUGUAAGGUUCCAACUCUCAACAUCAACCGGCCACCAAAUCUCGUCGGAAUGUUAUUUGUACGAACCUGGAAACUGGGUUCAUUACCACGCGGGUGAUUUCGUCAUUGACGACUCGAAUCCGACAACAAAAAUCAAGUUUUCGAUGAUGCAAAUCGAUUGUACACAUACAAAAGGAGGUCUUUGUGUAGAUUCUGUAUUCAUAUACCCUAGUGAGUUUAGGCAGAUGAGAUUUAAGUAAAUAAUAAAAUAGAAGAUUUUAUACUAUUUAGUAAUUAAAUCAAAA